UCUGAAGAGGAUGACAGUGGGGAUGCUGAUUGCUGCGUUGGCUUUUGUAGCCGCUGCCCUGCUGCAGUUACAGAUUGAUCAAACCCUUCCCAAGCUGCCCCAAGGUGUGGAAGGCCAGGUCAAGUUCCUGAAUCUCAACAGCGCCCCUCUGACUGUUACUAUCGAUGGGACCGUUGACGUGUCUGUACCAGCUCACCAGGUGAAUACUGGGGACUACUUGACGUUUGACAAACCAGUCAGAGUCGUGUUCAACAAGAACAUGUCAACGGGGACCGAUCUGACCUUAAUGUCACAGACCCGACGCACAGCCCUGGUUUCUCCAACCCUGGAUAUGAACCUGGUUUACGACUUGAGCAAGAAGCCCGAUGAAGGCAUGAACGCCAUCAGGUUUGUGAAUGGUUUGGGCAGUGCGCUGAAUGUUACGUUGGGAGUCGGUGACAUCGCUCCUCUGUCUGUCUCCAACUACAGUCUGGUUCCACAGGGAAAGGCGGAGUUUACCAUCAUGAACAGUGGUGGUGCAUCGUGUCUGUACUCUAAAGAGCUGGGCUUUGGCAGCGCCUUCACCCUCGUCAUACCGUCCACAUUCAACAUCGGAAGCCCUGACUGUUGGCAGGCCAUCCAGGUGGUAGAAGACAUCAAGCCCAACACCAUCCACAUGGGCUGGCAGAUCCCCCAGUACUUCCUCAUGACCGCAGGAGAGGUGGUGUUCUCUGUGACCGGCCUGGAGUUCUCCUACUCACAGGCGCCUAGCAACAUGAAGUCGGUGCUGCAGGCUGGUUGGCUGUUCACCGUCGCCGUGGGAAACAUCAUAGUGCUGAUUGUUGCCGAGGCAGCACAGCUUCCAGAUCAGUGGGCAGAAUACAUCCUGUUUGCCUCUCUCCUUGUGGUGGUGUGUAUUGUGUUCGCUGUCAUGUCCUACUUCUACACCUACACUGACCCAGCGGAGAUCGAGGCCGAGUUCCGCCAGCCGGAACACGAGCCGGAGGAGAAGAAGAGAGACAGGGUUGAGAUGGAGAGAAAGGACUCAGACUGCAGCAAGAGCAGCACGGCUUCUGACAAGAAGAAGAAGAGGGAUUCUGUUGUUGAGCAACAUAACCAAGAAGUCAAACAGAGCAAGAUGUAAAACUCCCCAUUCACACCACUUCCUCCUCCUGAACCAAUCUGAACAGGUCUCGGAGAGAGAACCAUCGGAACUUAAUCUUAUAAACAUUAAUCCUUCAAUACAGCUUUAUGGGUAAAUUUUGACUUUGAUAUUGUAAAUAAUUUUUUUACAAUGAUUUAUUUUGCACCAUGUAGCAAAAGCAGCAUUAUGAAUGUAUUUUUGCUCGUCAUAUUUUAUUAGAAAGAGGACAUACUGUAUGAAUGACCAUUCCUAUUGAUUUCCCAGUACAGUGUUGUGUGUACUGGAUAUAUCGUUGUUCUGGGUUUGAUGUUGCCAGAGACUCUUUAAUUCCACACCAAGUGAGUCCCUGGCAGUGCUUAAAU